AUGGGUAACAGAAAUGAAACUUUGGUGGCUGAAUUUUUAUUCGUAGGCUUAACGAAACACUUUCACUACCAGGUUGUUCUCUUCUUGAUAUUUCUAAUUGUUUAUCUUGUCACUCUUCUGGGCAAUUUGGGAAUGAUCACCCUCAUUUGGAUGGACUCCAGACUCCACACGCCCAUGUAUUUUUUCCUCAGUCACUUAUCUUUUGUGGACGUCUGUUCUUCCUCCGCCAUUGGCCCCAAGAUGCUCAGUGAUAUCUUUGUGGAGAAAAAGGUGAUCUCUUUCUUUGGCUGUGCUGUCCAAAUAUGGCUUUUUGGUCAGUUUGUAGUGACAGAGUGUUUCCUUUUGGCUUCCAUGGCUUAUGACCGCUAUAUAGCCAUCUGUAAGCCUUUGUUGUACACUCUCAUUAUGUCCCAGCGGGUCUGUGUGAAGCUCGUGGUAGGGCCCUACGCUGUGGGUCUUCUUAGCACCAUGACCCAUUCAACUUUCACCAUCUGCCUACCCUACUGCGAUUCAAAUGUCAUCAAUCACUUCUUCUGUGAUCUGCUUCCUGUCCUCUCGCUGGCAUGUGCAGAUACCAAGGUCAAUAAAAAUUUACUCUUCAUCAUGGCUGGAGCCCUCGGAGUACUCAGUGGAGUGAUUAUCUUGAUCUCUUAUGUUUACAUCAUCAUUGCCAUCCUGAAGAUUGGCUCUGCUGACGGAAGGCGCAAAGCCUUCUCCACCUGCUCCUCACACCUCACAGCCGUCUCCAUCCUCUACGGGACCCUCUUCUUUAUCUACGUGCGUCCCAGCUCUAGUUUCUCUCUGGACAUCAAUAAAGUGGUUUCCUUGUUCUACACAGCGGUGAUCCCCAUGUUGAAUCCAAUUAUCUACAGCCUGAGAAACAAGGAGGUAAAGGAUGCUUUCAGAAGGACAUAUGAGAGGAAGAAGUUUCUUAUAAGCAGAUAA